AAAAAAAAAAAAAAAAAAAAAAUAAGAAUAAUAAUAAUAAAAAAUGUCUACCUGUCUAUUUUUUUUUUUUCCACAAACGCACCGCUGCUCGCAGAAAACAGAACUUGUGUUUUUAACUCAAAGAAACCCUAUUUAUACAAACUCAUACCUACUACACGCACUGAAACAAUACCGUCAAUUUGCAUUGAUUAACAAAAUCGUGAUCUUGUGUCACGUUUCGUAAUUACAAAUUACAAAGUACUUAAUUAUAUAUUUUUUUAAAUUUUUCUAACCAGGAUCUCUAUGUAUCGUUUAAUAGCAUUUUCGUGUAUCAUUUAUCAUCAAUUGAAAAUAAUUAAUUGAAAAGUGAAUCACGUUUCCUCGUUAUUCAAAAUGUGAAGCGACUUUGCUUUCUUAUAAAUACGAAUAAGAGAUUCAAAAAUUAUCCAAGUUUCCAACUUACCUUACCGGCUUUGUAAUACACCGUCUGAAUAAUUUUCGUGAAAUUUAAAAAUGGAUAAAAGUACUCAAACAGAUUUUGACCAGUGUUAUUGUGCAGUAACUAGAUUUUCUCAACCUCCUUCUACUUCUCCUAACCAACAGGAACCACCGAACUCAGGAGGAUUGGUUCGACUGAGAUACAAACGUACAGUUUCAAAAAAAAGUUUAGAGGGGAAGAGAAGAGACGGUUUGGGAAAUUUAGUGAUAUGUUUUUGUAAAUUGAAUAGUGUUUCUCAACCUCCUUCUACUUCUCCUAAACUUCAGCAGUCGCCAAAAGUAGUAGAAUUACCUCUUCCACUUCCUAAGGAAGAUUGGCUCGACUGGGAUACAAACGAACCGACUUAUGAUCCAACGGAGUAUGUAUUAGCCAAUCCAAUUUUAAGGAGUAUUCCACCCAAAAAAUCCAAAAGUUUCAAAAAAAAGUUUAGAGAGGAAGAGAGGAGACGGUUUGAGAAAUUUAGUGCUAGUGAUAGUGAUAAAUGAUUUUAAUAACUAUCUAAAAUGUUCUAUAAUAAGGUACCAUUUUUUUAAUAAUUUAUUUUCAAUAAUUUAUUUUUUCAUUUUUAAGGUACAAUGCCGUUUGAAAAAUUUCAUAAAAAUAUUUAUCACGACUUACGAAAAUUAUUUUCCUGAACAAUGUUCAAAUAUCGAAGAGGGUGGAGUGUUCUAUGAAGAAGAAUAUCUAGAAGGUUUAGUAAGGCUUUGCUUAGAAUGUGGAAGAACAGUGUAUCCCUUGGAUCGUCUUGCGACAGUGUCUAAACAUGAAAAACUGAAGAGUAAACAGACGCUUAAUACUGAUUUUUCUUGUAUGAAGUGUAAAAAAAAUUUACAGGAGAUUUUAAAAACGGA